AGAAUUUAUUCCAGUCAUGGUUAACGAAAUCAUUGCGAAAAGCACAAAGAUCCGGCCUUCUAUCUCAGGUCCUUUUUACAACCUGAGCUGAGGAACCAGCGACGCGUCGGGGCUUCUACAUGCUUCUCAGUUCACCCAGAAGUCAGCCAGCAAGGAGGUGCUUCUCAAGCUGCAGUAUCCCUCCUUUCUCCUCCACGCUACAGCGUUACCGUAUAAGCUUCAGACUUCUUCCAAACUACGUUUCGGGGGAGUUUUGUCUGGAUGGAUCAGUUCGGGUUGGAGGAUGGUGAGGAAGAUGAGAUGCUUCAGUACAUAAUUGAACAGAGUCUGCUGGAGAGCAGCAGGAAGAGGGAAACGGUCAGAGCGUCCCCAACAGGAGACAAGAUGGGCAAUGAUUUAGCCUCCUCAGACAUCUCCAAGAUCUUCUCCGCGAUUAAACAAGGUAAUGAGAGGCUUCUGAGGGAUCUGUGCGUCAAGCUUAAGGACAAGUUUUUGCAGACUGACAGCAGAGGAUGGACUCCGCUCCAUGAAGCAGCAGUUCAGAGCAACGAGAUCAUCCUGGAGCUCACACACAAAGCUGCAGGUCCAAACUCUCUGGAUUGUCGGACUCUUCGGGGCCAGACGCCCCUCUACCUGGCAGUAGAACAGGGUCUGAUUGAAAACGCCUCAUUCCUCAUGGAACAUGGAGCUCAGCCGGACUGCCAGGACCAAGACAAGGACGCCCCGCUGUUUGUAGCCAUCCGCUCAGGCCGGGCCGACCUGGUGAAGCUGCUGCUCCUCCGCGGCUCCAGUGUGCACCAGGCGGGCUGCCACGGUCGCCGCCCCCUCCACGAGGCGGCGCGGGUGGGCAACGUGGAGCUGGUGAAACUUCUGCUGGAGGCCGGGGCACGGCCGGACCCACGCAGCAACUACGGCUUCACGCCGCUGGCCCUGGCAGCUCAGGGAGGACACCAGGAGGUGGCAGAGAUCCUCCUGAGGAAAGGAGCAGACAUCUUCUCUCAGGCGGACGAUGAGGCCUCCGUUUUAUACGAAGCCGCUGCUUCUGGAAACCCGUCCAUCAUCCGCCUGCUGCUGGAACACGGACCCGAUGCCAACAUCUCCAACCACACCGGACACCUGCCGAUCCACCGGGCUGCACACAGGGGACAUCUUCAGUCAUUGAAGCUGCUGCUGCCCGUCACCAACAUGGCAAACGUAAACAACAGCGGGAUCAGUCCACUUCAUUCGGCGGCUGCAGAGGCACACGGCGAUUGCAUCAAGGCCUUGCUGGAUGAUGGUUAUGACCCCAACUUCAUGCUCCACCCUUGGAUCCGCAGGAAUUAUGAUGACGAGAGGAAGUCGGCUCUCUUCUUCGCUGUUUCCAAUAAUGACAUGGCGUCGGCGAAGCUGCUGCUGGAGGCAGGCGCCAUGCCCAACCAAGACCCUGUUAAAUGUCUGCAGGUUGCACUGCGACUAGGCAACUACGAUCUGAUCAACUUGUUGCUGCGGUACGGAGCCAAUGUGAACUACUACAGCCGAAUCAACGCCACGCAUUUCCCCUCGGCGCUGCAAUCCGCUUUCAAAGACGAGGUUAUUCUCAGGAUGCUGUGUCACUAUGGUUACGACGUAGAACGCUGCUUCGAUUGUACCUACGGCAACAGCACCCACAUUCCUAAGGACUACGAAGGAUGGACCUGUUCUGUGAUCAAAGACACUUUGUUCUGUGAGGUCAUCACCGUCAACUGGCUGAAACACCUGUCCGGCAGCGUGGUUCGUGUGCUGAUGGAUUACGUCGACCACGUGACCUUUUGCUCCAAACUGAAGGUGGUUCUGAUGGAGCAGAAGCAGUGGUCUGAUAUCUGCAGACUACAAGAAAACACGCGGUGCCUGCAGCAUCUCUGUCGCCUGAGGAUCCGUCGAUGCCUGGGCCGUCUCCGCCUCCGAUCGCCCACCUUCAUGAGCUUUUUGCCUCUGCCGGAGCGACUGAAGGACUUCAUCCUCUACAGGGAAUACGACCUGCUGCCCAAACAGAGAAGCAGCUAUUAAUGAAAAAGA